AUGAAGCACAUUGAGGAGCGCCAGCAGCAGCAGCAGCAACAGCAGCAGCAGCAGCAGCAGCUGCAGCAGCAGCAGCAGCAGCAGCAGCAGCAGUGUAUGGCUUCUCACGGCAAUGCGCGGCGCUGCUGCAGGUCUUCUGUAGUUAGCCGGGUUCACCUGCUCCACAAGCUGCAGCAGCAGCAGCAGCAGCAACUGCAGCAGCAGCAGGAGCAGCAGCAGGAGCAGCAGCAGCAACUGCAACACCAACGCGUAAACAUUCAGCAGCAGCUGCAGCAGCAGCAGCAGCAGCAGCAGAUAAUGGGUGCGCAGUGUACUAAAGGCGCAGCAGUUCGCUCCACCCCAGCAGCAGCAGCAGCAGCAGCAGCUGCUGCUGCUGCUGCUCGUGUAGAUGGUGCUGCUGCUGGACCUUCUGCUGCUGCACCAGGGAUUCCUAAUGAAGCUACGAACGUGGCGUUGUUGCUGCAGCAGCAGCAACAGCAGCAGCAGCAGCAGCAGCAGCAGCAGCAGCAGGAGCAGCUGCUGUUGCGAGAAGAAGGCCUGCGCCUGCAGCCCGAAAGACAGCAGCAGCUGCUGCUGCAGUUGCGAGAAGAAGGCCUGCGCCUGCAGCCCGAAAGACAGCAGCAGCUGCUGCUGCAGUCUGGGGCGAGUGCCUUCAGUGACGUUGCUGCUGCAGCAGCAGGGGUCUCGGUGCCUCAGCAGCAGCAAGCAGCAGCAGCAGCAGCAGCAGCUGCUGCUGCUGCUGCUGCUGCUGCUGCUCCUCGGCAGCAAGCAGGGCCUCCUGGGGGCGGCCUGGGGAUCGGUGAUACACACAGGGUUAGCAGCAGCAGCAGCAGCAGCAGCAGCAGCAGCAGCAGCAGCAGGGGACAGCGAGCUCAGCUGCGUGUCUGCACGGGGGAGGAGCUGGCCUCCUGGGGGCGGCCUGGGGAUCGGUGA